AUGAUGAACAGCGAUGACGACGAUAGCGAUGACGACGAUAGCGAUGUCGACGAUAGCGUUGACGACGAUAGCGAUGUCGACGAUAGCGUUGACGACUAUGAUGAGUUUGCGCCCUUUUGCCCUAUCGAUCCUCCCCAUCAGGAACACUCGCCCAACGGCGGCGAAGGAGCUGAUUCGGCUGCGCAGACCCUGGUGCAGCCUUUGGCGCGUGAAGAGCUCGAGGCAGGAGAAGACUCUGCCAAUAAUUUUUUUGCCGCCCUCUCAGCCAGUACCACCCAGACUGCUGUGGCCGUGCCGGAACCGCCGGCCGCUGGGACAACCUCCAACCUUGCCCUCGCCACUUUUACCUCCACUGCACCUGCCUCAGUCAACCCUGUUCCAGUCGCCUCUGCUUCAGUCGUCCCUCCCUCAGACAUUGCCGCUUCAAUCGCGUCAUCCACCGAUGCCCGCGUGACCUUGCUGCAAACCAACACCAACGCCUUCAACUGUCCAGAUGCUGAUGCCAUAGCAAAGACGCCCAAUCCCGACUUGACUACCAAUCUAAGCAGCGGUCUUUUGCUCGGUCCCACGGAAACGCACCACGCGCAGAACACCAAGCGUCAAAGCCCCUUGAGUCGCACGGCGGCAAGGCAGCGCAAAAAACAGGAGCUCUUGAGCCGUGUGCCUUUUGGAGGCGAUGUCAGCCACUUGCUAUGGUACAUGUCCUUGCCAAUCAAAGCGGCGACCGCAAAUCCCGUCCGCAGUGUAUACCGCCUCGCAGCUCACGAAGCCGUGAACAUUUCCGAUGGCGAGGGCAACUACCAACCUCAAACUGAGCGCGAAUAUCUCUUUCAGGGUGCGCCCACCCUCCCCACCAUCUGCGCCCGUAGACCGUGUAUCAGUUUUUGCCUUCAUUCUGUGCUUACACGCAUCGCCGCCACCUGUUUAUCCCACCUGACAGCGGCCGAGCCCGGUGUCCAGCUCAUUCUCACCUUUAGGGAUCUGGCCACGGAAUGUCAGUAUGAUUACUUUUUUGUGUAUGAUGGCGGCAGCUACAACGCCACACUCCUCGCCGUCCUCUCUGGCGAUGAUCUUCCUCCGGAGCCUCUAACCGCAACAUCGGGGCAGAUGCUCCUCAUGUUCUACAGCGACACCAACUAUGUCCUGCGAGGCUACGAUGGCAUUGUGCAAGCCGUGCCGUGUGUUGAUGUUUGUGCGCAUGGCACUUGUAUCGAUGCCCAGUGCCGCUGUGCCCCGGGGUGGACCGGCCCCAAUUGCGCCAAACUUGCUUGCCCAUCCAACUGCAGUGGGCAUGGCUCCUGCUCAGAGCCUCACAACCGCUGUGUGUGCGAGCCCGGUUACGCGGGGGACGCGUGUGAGCAGCCUACCACCAGCGGUACUUGGUGGACCAUUAGCCCUACGGAUCCUGUCUUUGGUAUGCGUCAACAAAUGGCUUCUUGCUACACGCAGUCUGCGUGGUACGUCUUUGGAGGCUACAGUUUCGAUACUGUGCACCGUGACUUGGUAGCCUUCGACUUUGAGACAGGCGUUUGGCAACUGCUGCAUGGCGGUGGAAACAUGGGCCCAUCAGCGCGCCAGCUAGCCACGCUUGUGGCGCUGGACAACGAGCAACUCCUCCUUUACGGGGGUGUUUACAGCGGCCAAGUUCUGGCAGACCUCUGGUCCUUUGAUCUACUCACCUCAAGCUGGACUCAGCUGGACCCGCAGCUGGACUGCACCAGCUUUUGUCUUGCCAACACAGACGCACACCGUGCGAGUCAAACAUUGACGUUGAUGGCUUGCCCCCACGCCCCUGCCAAUUGCUCUCUUCCGCCACUCGCCGGUCACAGCGCCGUCAUGGCAGAAGACAGCAUGUACUUGAUCGGCGGACGGAGUGAGACAGAUGCAUUUGAGUCUCGUCAAUUUCGAUACGAUGCCGUUCUUAAUUUAUGGCAAGCACUGCCACCGGCCCGACACGUGUUUACAGAAGCAGUUGGGCACACGAGUGUUUACCACCCAGCGACGCGCGCCAUCUAUUCCUUUGGUGGAGUGCGACCUUAUCAUGCGCAGUAUGGUGAUGCUGUGGAUGACCUGGACAUCUUUUUCGUGGAUACGCAAGAGUGGAUCGAAGCUCCGAGACGAGCGGACGCGGUCUGGCCCUCCACGCUUGCCUUCCAUGCUGCCCUUCUCAUCGACGACGACACCAUGGUCAUGUAUGGGGGUUUCAAUAAUCUCCAUUACGAAGAGGAAUCAAUCGAUCCCGAGUGCCACGAGGGCGAGCGGGUCUGGCGAUGGCUGCUCACAACGGAUCGCUCUACGUGGCGGUUAACAUACCCAGCUCACUUCAAUCAGUUGUCCAUGGCAAACCUUUUCAAGGCUCUUGUGCUCGACACCCACGUGGUUGCCGACGCCGCCAGCUGCGCCGCCAUUUGCUUGGCUCGAUCGGACUGCCGAGGCUUUGAUUUGCAAGUGAUUAUCGCAACGGCCAACUAUGGCUGCCGCACCCUAUCUCAGCCACGCCAAUGCCUUCCUUUCCUUGGUGCUGAUGUGCUACCCGUGAAUUCCUCCCUGGUUGCCAACGCCUCGAAUGCGGGCACGUACUUUUUGCCCAGCCCCAUCAACGGCAGCACAAGCUGUCACAUCGAGCCCACUCUCAACCAGCUUUGUGGUAACGACUGCGGCUUGAACGCCACCUGCAUUGCCUGGAAUGUCUCAAACGCGAGUCCCACAUGCCGCUGCAAUCCGAGUCAUCAGCUCAAUCAAGGCGUGUGCGAUGACGUCUGUCACGCAUACAGCAAUAACACACAGUGCACAGAUCGCGACACGUGUUUCGAUGGCCUCUGGCUCUACAACAGCCCCAGCGACGCCUCAUCCGUCUGCGUGGCAAGUCACGAGUGUGACAAGCUGGGUGGCAUUCGUACACUAUCGCAGCAGGGGCAGCGCGUUUGCCGCAGGCAAGCGUCGAGCCGUUCUCGGCGCUCCAGUUCAUUUCUUGAGGAACCCAUGUGUUUUGCGGAUCAAGCUGCGGCAGGCACCUACUUUCGCCAGCUUGCUUCAUUCAACGCCAACAUUCUCAGCACCCUGCCUGCCACGGCCUUUUCACAGUCCUCUACAUCCGGGUUGGCGGUAGCAGGGCAUGCGGCUGUUGACAUCGAGCCUAGCCUUGGUCAAGAUCAGGCAUGUGCCGUCACCCAACCAGAGCCCACCCCAAGCUGGCAGGUCAUCUUCAAUUUUCCCCUUGCAGUGGGUGAAAUCCAUCUGUACGGUGCAGCUGCUUUGCCCGCACUCAACAUCACUGUGUACCUGCAGUCCAACAACACCGCGUUGCCUUGCGCUGACGUCACCUUGACGUCAGCUGGCACGGUGGCCAGCUGCUCGGGUCUGGUUGGGGACUUGCUAGUGGUGCGCGCACGCCCCGCACCUGCUGCACAGUUGCAGCAACUUGGUUUAUGCUACGUGGCUGCGUUUGUGGCCGAGACCGCACAGUCCAACAUGAGCCGUGCAUGCGGAGGCCCAGGGCACGGUGAAUUUGUGGCCGGCUCGUGCGAUUCCCCCUGCGAGCUUAUUACCGACUGCCGUGCGUGCGCUGCAAGUACUAGCUGUGGGUGGUGCGCCAGCACUGGUACUUGCCUGGACGUCUCGCUCGAGGCUGAAAGCGAUUGUGCUUCAACCUCAAUGGCAACUGAUCCAGCUGCUUGCAGCCUCACCAAGGCGACCACGGGCGUUGUACGCCGCCUUUACGACUUUUACGGCAGCCUUACCCUCUCAACCUUUGAGCAAUGUUAUGAUUUGGAGCAUGCAUUUCCCCGUGACGUUGAAUUGGCCGAUACUUUGUCCUCGCCCACGUCGGGUCGCACACCUUACGGCGAAGAAAUGAUUGCGUACCUUACGCCAACACACUCCGCCAACUACACCUUCUUUCUUCGCAAUCGCCAAGGCUUGGCAGCCAACCUAUUUCUGGCUUUUGACACUUCGCGCGGCUCCACUGACGCGAUGCCCAACUUGGAGCGCAUCGUCUCUCUCCCCGCCCUCUCACCGGUUCCGCAGCUCUCAUGGACUGUCAGUUCUAGGCAGCGGUCUGCUUCGAUUCCUUUAGAAGCUGGGCGUCGCUACCUUGUUCGCACCCUUGCUGUGGCUUCGUACGCGUCAUACUACGGACAACAUCAACUGCUGGUGGCUUGGUCCACCGGCACCAGUCCUGACGCCUUUGCCAACAUCUCAGACGCCGACGUCAUCCCGCCCGCUCUUUUAACUCCCUUCGCGCCCACCAAUUGCAGCGACUUUGAUUCUUGCCGAGGUUGCCUCUCCACAAGCAGCUGCACGUGGUGCAACGGGCUCUGUGUGGCUUCAACCGACCUUCUGCACGACUCGGUUGACUCCUGCGAGGCGCAUAUUAGCAGCUUUGACAAUUGCCCCGAUUGCUCAGACUUCACGGAAUGCACCGAUUGUCUCGACCAGGCGCACUGUGAAUAUGCCAGUUACUACUGCCGCCACACGACGCCGUACGUGGCGACCCGAGAGGUGGCUGAGUGCCCGUCUCCUUGCUAUCAGCAGAACGACUGUGCAUCUUGUGCUGCGCUCGUAGAGUGUGGAUGGUGCGCGACAACGCAAAGCUGCUUUCCCUUUCACGCCUACCUCUCUGAAUAUCCCAGUGGGGGCUGUUUGGACUGGCAGACGGACGCGAGUCGGUGCUCUGUGUGCGAAGCAAUGGAUGACUGCUACACCUGCACAACUGCAUUUGAGUGUGGCUGGGCAUACAACGCUUCGUCGCCCCACCUGGGCCGCUGCGUUGUGGGAGAUUUCGGCGGUCCCCGAGCCCUGGCCACGGGUGAAGAGGGCGGUCUCUCAGACCGAACUCUGUGGGCCUACGACGUUUGUCCCCAAGUUGACGAGUGCAGUCUGGGUUUGGACAAUUGCAAUGUGACUUUCGAAGCGUGCGUUGAUGUGAACGGCACCUUUCCCAACUCCUUUCGAUGUGAAUGUGCGGAUGGCUACCGCCCCACCUCGUCCACCACCGUACCCUGUUUGCCCGACUGCCCAGCGGGUUGUGUGCAUGGAGCUUGUGUGGCACCCAAUGUGUGUGCAUGCGCAUCCGAAUGGACCGGCCCCACCUGUGAGGGUUGCAUAUUGCAAUCCAGUGGUGCUCACCCGUGCGGUGUCAAUGCCAGCUGUGCCCCUGCUGGCUGGAUCGAACCACCCGAGGGCUAUGUUAAUGCUACAAACCGAACAGACGGCACCGAUCCCUCCCAUCCGCUUGUUUGUCGCUGCAACGAAGGCUAUGCUGGUGUGCCAGACCAGAGCUGUGCACCGGUUUGCGAGACUUUGGGUUGCGUACACGGGGAAUGCGUGGCGCCCGACGUGUGCCGCUGCGUUGACGGGUUUGCGGGCGGUAAUUGCACAAGCUGUGACACCACACACCCUGAUUAUGACUGCUCCCCGUACGCCACGUGUCAGCGUCUGCCCCACCCUUACAGCGGCGUUUUUCUCUUCAAUUGUACUUGUCGCUCUGGGUUUGAGGGAGAUGGCCACACCUGUGUGCCCGUGUGCUUCCCUGAAUGUCAUGCUGAGCAUGGUCGCUGCAUCUCGCCGAAUGUGUGUGCUUGCGAGGCCGGCUGGAUGGGCGCUGCAUGUCGUGAGUGUGAUCCAGAUCACAGUCCAUGCGGGCAAGAUGCCGAGUGCGUGGCAUCGCUCGCCUCCGGCGGGCAACUGGCUUGCACGUGUGCACCCGGGUACCAAGGCGAUCCCAUGGAGCGCUGUGAACCUAUUUGCGCCGAGGGUUGUGUCUUUGGCACCUGCGUGGCGCCCAACGAGUGCUCCUGCUUUGAUGGUUUUGGUGGCGCGCAGUGUGACUUGUGCAACCCCAACAUGGUGGACGUGUGCCAAGAGAAUGCCGCUUGUGAGAUGAUGCCAGCUCAACCAGGUUUACCUGGUAAUGAGACGCGCUACCAGUGCGUUUGUGCUCAGGGAUACGAAGAAGAGGGUGCCGGGGCAAACCUCACCUGUAUGCCUACGUGUCCGGAUGGCUGCGAUCACGGCCAGUGCCAGGCGGUCAACACGUGUGUGUGUGCUGCAGGCUUUGCCAACUCCGCCUGGACCAACUGCAGCGAGUGCGCCGAGGUGGAGCUGGUUGACUUUGCAGACGACGGAUCUGGUUCAGCCCUGUGCACCCCCCAUGCAUCCUGCACAGAUCAAGAUGGUCUCGUGUUGUGUCGCUGCCGUCAGGGCUAUCGCCCUCUUGGUUCUCUUUCGCACGCCAAACUGAGCGCAAGCAUACCUUUGGGCUAUGCUGGUAACGAGACCGAUGACGAUCCUGUGCUGGUUGGAUUUGAGGGCUGCCUGCCGGUGUGCACUAUGCCCUGUGCAAAUGGCGGUACCUGUGUGGCAGCAGACACAUGCAACUGCACUGAGGAGUGGGGAGGCUCCGCCUGCACCGAGUGUCCAGAGACCAACGCGUGUGCUGCUGCGCAUGCGCAAUGUACCAAGUUGGAUGCCGCAACGCGGGACGCCCUGUUUGAUACCCCAGCCAAGCAAGCGGCGGGCAUGGUGCGCACCGAAAAUGAGACAGCGAUAUGGCUUGGGAGCUAUUUGUGUCAGUGUGAGGCAGGGUACGCUGGCGAUGGGACCUCUUGCACACCCGUUUGCCCUCUAGCCUGCGUGCACGGUAAUUGCACUGCGCCAGGUGCUUGCACGUGCGAUGAGUCACUUUAUGUGCCGGGGGUACCGGCCUGGUCCGGCCCUCAGUGUACCGAGUGCGUCGAGGGCACGCACGACUGUCACCCCAAUGCCAGUUGUACCUCGGAUGCGGCGGCGAGCCGGGCUUGUGUCUGCGACGAGGGCUUCACUGGAAACGGGUCCUUUUGUAGCCCCAUCUGCUCUGCUGGCUGUGUUUUUGGUACCUGCGAGCACGCCGUGCGGCCGGGCGGGUAUGGUGUUUGUGUCUGCGACGCCGGUUUUGACGGUCAAAACUGCAGCACGUGCAUUCAAGGUCAGCACGGCUGUGCCGCCAAUGCCUCCUGUGCCACGCGAAACGGCCAGCUUCAAUGCGUGUGUGAUGAAGGCUACCAGGGUGAUGGCUACACUUGUGCCCCGAUCUGUACGCUACCGUGCGUCAACGGGGGUAGCUGCGUGGCGCCCGACGAAUGCCAAUGUGCGCUUGGCUACACUGGGGCGCUGUGCGAGCUCGAGUGUGGGUGCAAUAAACACGCCACUUGUACGGACGGACCCGGACUUUGCGACGCCUGUCAAGAACACACGACGGGAGCAUUGUGUGAGCGCUGUGCUGAGGGUUACUACGGCAACGCGACCAACGGAGGCGCGUGUCAACCGUGCCCUUGUAAUGGCCACGGCUCCUGUGAUCCGCAGACGGGCACCUGCAGUUGUGAUGCAGUGACAGAGGGGCCGACCUGUAACGUUUGCCGCCCGGGCCUGUAUGGCAAUCCGUUGAACGGUGGGCCGUGCAUGGCAUACUGCAGUGAAGGGCGGAAUCGCAUCGCGCUGACCCUGUCCUCUGGCUAUUUGGGGUCGGGUCCGGGUUCCACUUGUCCCAACGGCUUGGGUGCUCCGGACUGCUACGAGAUUGAUCACUCCUGUAUCACGGUGCUCGUGGCACCUAACCCGGAGCUGACCAUUGUUCUGGAGAUGGUGUCCUUCCAGACCGAGUGUCAUUUUGAUUUGCUGCGCGUAUUUGAAGGUCCUUCUCUCCGCUCUCCGCAGCUGGGAACGUUGUCUGGGUUGUCUUUGCCGCCCACCCUGCGGGCACGCGGUAAUAUGACCCUGCACUGGUGGUCCGACGAAUUGUACGCAAUGCAAGGCUAUGUGGCACGUUAUUCGGUGCAAAACUGCUCCGACUUUUGUGCUCAUGGCCGCUGUGUGGCCGGUGCUUGCCUUUGCGAUGCGGGGUUUACCGGCUACGACUGCAGCGAGCCGCGUUGCUCCCCAGCGUGUGAUGCGACGCGGGGCUCGUGCAAUCCCAAUACUGGACACUGUCUGUGCUUGCCUGGACGCCAUGGCACAGAUUGCCAACUGAACUCGGCCGUGGGCGGUUGGACCGAGCGCACGGGCGUCCUAGAGCAUGGUCUGGCGGGACACUCGCUGACAUAUGACGCGACACGGGACAUUUUGCUGCUUGUUGGAGGCCGUACAGGUGAAGGAUCGGCACUAGGGUUCCGGGGCAAAUUUGGUCAGGGUACCGUCAAAGCUCAAGUUCUGGAAGUGACCCCAGAAAGCAUGGCCCUGACGGUGCGUGCUCGCCUUGAGGGCACAGCAACCAGUCCAAGUCCCCGUUACCGCCACGCUGCUGCUCUCUUAAACAACACGCUGUGGGUGUUUGGUGGCUUGAACGACCAACAUCAACUGAAUGACGAGCUUUGGCGACUUGAUCUACAGUCUUGGACCUGGUCCCCUGUCGUACCCGCCGCCAAUACAACGUGGCCACCAGCGUGUGCAGGCCACCAGUUGAUAUCAGCUGAGGGCCGCCUGUACUUGAUUGGAGGGCGUGGCUAUGAGGAUGGCCUCUUGGAUGUCUUUUAUGUGUAUGACCCCACGGAAGGCCUUUGGCAGGAAAUGAGUCUGGAGGGUGCCUCACCGGCCGGGGCAAUGCAGUCUGUUGUUGUUUUUGAUGAGGCACGGCGGCGCAUCCUACUCCACGGUGGUCGAGGUCAAGUCCGUAUGACAAACGGCAUCUUCAAUCAGGCCGCGUACUUUCAAUAUGGCAAGGUCCUGGCCUCAGGCUCAGCGUACGACGAGGCAGAACCUUUGAACUGCUAUGAGUCAGAGGUGUUUGUCUACGACUUGGCUUGUGAGAGCUGGCUGAGCAAGGGUGCCGCGGCUGCCCUUGGCUAUUCUUCGCCCGCUCCCAUGCCCGGUUACACAGAGAGUGCCGCGGCUGUUCGAUGGCACGCGGAUAAGGCCCAGCUCUUAGCCAUUGGUGGCUUUGAUGGUGUGUUGAGCCGCAAUGCCUAUGUACUACAGCGACCGCGACCUGAGGGCUGCGCCCCUACCAAUGCAAGCUGCGGUGCCCCGGCAGCAAGUGCCUGCCCGGCUCUGCCACCAUGCUCCUCUCACACCGACUGUGAGAUGUGCGCGUCUGAUGACCGCUGCAAGUGGGCCUUCCACCAGUCACAAGAUUUUGCCGGUUUGCUGGGUACUUGUUUCCAAGAGGAUGACGAUUUCUUGAGUAACGACGUCGUCAUCCGCGAGCAGGGCUUGUGUAAUCUUUGUGGUAACCGAGCCCAGUGCAGCUCCUGUGCUGGUCUUGCUGACCCAGGACACCCCGGUGCGGGCGGUACGCCUGGCCGGUGCGGCUGGUACGAAAACCCACCCUUCCAGCACCACUUUUGCUUGAGCCCCGCAUCGCCAGUCACUGUCAUUCGCAACAUCAAGUAUUCGCCUGCCACCUGCCCGGCUUCGUGCUCAGAGCAGCACGACUGUGCAUCCUGCUCAGACAUUGAUGGUUGCUCCUGGUGUGAAGACUUGCAAGAGUGCUUCGACACCAGCAAUUACAUUGCCGAUACAGGCUUGGGCGAAUGUCUGCAUCAGGCCACCUCCAGCACCUGCCCGGCUGGCUGUGCCGUGCAUCGAACGUGUGCCAGCUGUCUGAGCGAUGCUGCAUGUGGCUGGUGCUUGGACACCGUGUCCCAAACAGGGCUCUGCGUGGCUGGAGACGCCGCGGGUGCAAACAACGGCACGUGUGUGGACCAUCUUGAUGUUGCAGGGGUUGCAGUGUCGCGCCUGUGGUUGCAACCGAGCCCUGUGUCCUCAAACACCGGCCCGACCAAUGGCCCGGCUUUUUCUGACUUGGGCACUGCUUCUGCUGACAAUUUUACAUGGCACUAUUUUGCAUGCCCCCCCGUCACGGUGUGCGACGGGCUGUCAAAUGCAUGCUCGUCGGCAGCCUUGUGCAAUGACCUCGACGUACCUGUCUUGCCCGGCAUUGAUCUUGGCCCGAGCUUCGAGUGCGUGUGUCGUGCGGGCUAUUCGGGUGACGGCACGGUGUGCCAGCCACUUUGCGAGACGUAUGGAUGUGUGCCAGGCCAAGGCACUUGCACCGCACCCGACGUGUGCAGCUGUGCCUUGGGCUUCUCAGGUGUCAACUGCUCAAGUGAUUGUCGCUGUAACGGGCACAGCGCCUGUGAUGCCAAUCUCGCAUGCGGUGCGUGUCAGCACAAUACUGAGGGUGUGCGAUGCGAGCGGUGCCGGGACGGGUUUUUCGGCGAUGCCACCGUCGGCCAGGAUGACGACUGCACGCCGUGCUUGGACGUGUGCAACCAAAAUACCAAUGAGUGCUAUUCGUCCAUCGAUGCAGCUCCUAAUGGCAUGGUGUGUCGCAACUGUGCGCCUAGCAGCCAUGCCACGGGUCCUUACUGCCGCGACUGCUUGGCAGGCUACCAGCGACUCACCAGCUCCUUGUCCGGUAUAAGCGUGUGUCGUGAAUGCCCUUGUAAUGGCCAUUCUGACCGCUGCGAUCCGGAAGGGGAUGAGACCUCGUGUGAGUGUGACUCGAGCAGUCACGCCAUGAACUCGGCUGCCGGUGCCUGCACAGUUUGUCGGCCCGGCUACGAUGCCGCUUCCAAUAAACUGGAGCUUGGUGAGCCGUGCUAUCGGACCCUCACUACACACUCCACCUACAACACCGUCAUGUCGCGCGCGUCCGUUUACCCCACCCUAUUUGGAUCCCUAAGCGCGGGCGCGUUUCGCCCAGGUGAUGCGCAGGUAGGCUUGGACGUUGUUCUGCAGCUCGCCAGUGGCCGCGUCCAGGUCAUUGUCAGCACUAACCCGACGUGGAAGUAUUCCACGGGUGAGUCACCGUGUCGGGCGCCGGACUGUCUCGUCUACUCUUGUGGUGCGGAUGGAUGCACGCGCCUCGCUUCCGUGACGGCGGCCUUGGCCAUGGGUCACCACGACCGAACCUAUGAGAAUGUCUCUGUCGCGCUUGGCGAGCCGGCCAGCCAGUAUGCCAGCCCGCUCAACGCGACCAUCAGCCUGCCAUGUACGGAAUUUGACUUUUAUCACAAGAAGUUGUAUUUUGCGCUGGUUCCCGAGACGCAAACAUGCAGCAACGUCAUGCACCUGGCACCAAGCACGACGCGCGACUUGCGGUGCGCACGGUGUGUGGACUGCGAACUUCCAUGUAGUCCCGGCUACUUUCUGGAUCCAGCCGAGCAGGGCGACUACCUGUGCCGACCAUGUGCAUGCAAUGGGCACGGCGAUUCGUGCAACGUCAAGACGGGUGGCAACUGUGGCGUGCAGAGUCAGGGCUGCCAGCAGACGGGCUUGGGCUGCCAGUGCGCACACAAUACGCAGUCGGUUCCGGUCAAUGGCCUCCCCGUGUACGCAUACCAGUGCAACGCCUGUGUGGGAUCAUCACAGCUUCGAGACAACGUCUACCAGGGUACCCCAGAGAAUGGACGCCGCUGUUAUCGCGUGACGAGCGUGGAGAGCGUGGUGACGCCGACUCUAUCUUCGGCAAGCACCGAUGCCCGCUUUGAGUUUUAUGCCUUUAGUACCACCAAGUACACCAACGUGGAUUUGCGCUUGGCGGUACUGGUUUGGAGCGGGGAGGUGCGCGUUGUGGUGACCCUGGAUACCUCACCAGUUGUCAACGACACGGUUUGGCUGUCCAAUGCCGACAAUCAAUCGCGCCGUCGGCGCGCAGGGGAGGGGAAUGGCUCGAGUGAUGAAUUGCUGCAGAUCAACACCACGGCUGUGGUGGCAGACGCGCGUGUAACGGCGGGGCGCCGCCUGUUUUUGCUGCGGCACGAGGAUUAUGCCUUUUCUGAUGCGUUUCGAGUCUUCGUGGUACUUGAGGCUGUGUCCGCACAGGCAGAGGUGAUGAUGUAUAGCGAGCAAAACCUCACCUCGAUUAACUUAGUGGUGUUUUUUGCCAACUUUUUCACCAUUCUUUUUCUCUGUGUGGGACUCGGGGCCAUUGCGUUUGUUGCGCGGCGGCGCUACCAGCAGUGGAGUUCGAACCGCGAGCAGCAGCUGGAGCUGGAGCAGAUGUCUCGGCGACCAUGGGGGCGUAUUCGUUUAGUCCUGCGCGAGGACAUUCCGCCCGACGUGAUGCAGCGGUUGCUCUUUCGACCCCGGCCCAUGCCUCGCGCGUUACGAACAUGGUGCUUACCUACCCCAAUCGCUGAGCAGCCUUUGGUUGACAGUACCAUCGGAGGCAUGGUGGCGACCUACAUGGUCGAGCUACCAGGAGGCAUGGUGCCCAGCCGCCUCACGCUGGGCGUUUCGCUUGUGGCUGCCCAAGCGCAUACACGGCGUCGCCGCCGGGGCACUGGCGGCGGGCGGCAUUCUAGCUCGGUCGCCACCUCAGCCCUGUAA